GAACUUCUGGGCUUGGAAUCUCGUAAAAAACAAAAAACCGUGGUCCACCUCCCGCCAGUCUCCUGCACUAUAUAGAACGAUGCUCGGGACUCGAGUGCUGCGUCACGCCGCGCGCCGCCUCACCGCGGCGCGCUGGUUUUCGCUGCCGUCGCACGACGUCGUAGGGCUCCCGGCGCUCUCGCCGACGAUGGAGCAAGGGACCAUUGCAAAAUGGAACGUGGAGGAGGGCGCCCCGUUCGGCGCGGGCGACGUCAUCUGCGAGAUCGAGACGGACAAGGCGACCGUAGAUUUCGAAGCGCAGGACGACGGCGUCCUCGCCAAGUACCUGCAGCCCGCGGGCGCGGAGGUCGCGGUCGGCGCGCCGAUCAUGGUCGUCGUCGAAGAGGCGGCGGAUGCUGGAGCUUUCAGCGACUUCGAGGCGCCGGCCGCGGCGGCCGCGCCCCCGCCGGCGCCCGCCGCCCCGGCCGAAGAGAAGGCGCCCGCCGCGCCGGCGCCCGCCGCCCCCGCCCCGCCGCCGGCCGCGGCUCCCGCCGUCGCGACGGGCGCCGCGCCGCCGCCCGUCGCGGGGGCGUCGCACAUCUUCGUCCGGGCCGACGCCGACCUCCCGCUAGUCCGCGGCCCGCUCGCCGCCACGCUCGAGGCGCAGAAGGAGUCGUACCACGAGCAGUACGGGGCGACCGGCUUCUAG